AUGGAGAUUCUUGAAAGAACUUAUCUCGUGAAUGACAAGACCACCAAGAUGUACGCCGUCACAUUAGACAGUGUGGGGUUCCAGCAGAAACCCUUGAAUAACAAUCAAUGUCCUGGAGAGAAGCCAGAGGAGCUCAAGUCAGGAGCCAUCUAUCACUGCCACAGCAACUCCAAGGCUAGGGAAAACAGGGCAAACGAGCAAAUCUAUGCCAAGUGGAAACUCAGCGCUGCUUCGGCAAUCUGCUUUAUUUUCAUGAUUGCAGAGGUUGUGGGUGGCUAUGUUGCUGGGAGUCUUGCCAUCAUCACAGAUGCUGCCCAUCUCUUAAUUGACCUGACUAGUUUCCUGCUCAGUCUCUUCUCCCUGUGGCUGUCUUCGAAGCCCCCUUCUAAGAGGCUGACCUAUGGAUGGCACCGAGCAGAGACCCUUGGUGCCCUGCUGUCCAUCCUGUGCAUCUGGGUGGCGACUGGUGUGUUGGUGUACCUGGCCUGUGAGCGUCUGCUAUACCCCGAUUACCACAUCCAGGCAACUGUGAUGAUCAUCGUGUCAGGCUGUGCUGUGGUGGCCAAUGUCAUACUAAGUGUGAUUUUACACCAGAGACACUUUGACCACAAUCACAAGGAAUUACAAGCUAAUGCCAGUGUGAGAGCAGCAUUUGUACAUGCCUUGGGUGAUCUAUUUCAGAGCAUCAGUGUGCUGACCAGUGCACUGAUUAUCUACUUUAAGCCAGACUACAAAAUAGCUGACCCAAUCUGUACAUUUGUGUUUUCCAUCCUGGUUUUGGCCAGUACCAUCACAAUCUUAAAGGACAUCUCCAUCUUAUUCAUGGAAGGUGUGCCAAAGAACCUGAGUUACAACAAUGUGAAAGAGCUUAUUCUGGCAGUGGAUGGGGUGGUGUCUGUGCACAGUUUACACAUCUGGUCAUUAACAAUGAACCAAGUGAUUCUCUCAGCUCAUGUUGCUGCAGCAGCCAGCCGGGACAGCCAGGUUGUUCGAAGAGAGAUUGCUACCAUCCUCAGCCACAGCUUUACUAUACACACCCUCACCAUUCAGAUGGAAUCUCCAGCCGACCAGGACCCUCACUGUCUUUUCUGUAAAGACCCCCGAGACUAGCUUGACUACACUGUGGAUUUCACAGGAUUGACAGGUCAUUGCAUGCUGCUCUGCAAUUUUAGGAACAUAAGAAACAAACCAGAAAAACAAGUGUGAGGAAUUUAUAACAGAGCACCAUUCAGACAUUCUUCUUUGUUUACUUCCUAUCCACUGUGAAUGAUGAUACAUUUAGAUUCAUCAGUCAAUCGGAUUAUAAACUCAUCAACAGAUAUAUUCAGUUACAAAAUCUGUUUCUAGAUUAUUCCUGACUAGGGCUGAGAUAGCAGCUGUUUGUAACCACAGACAGCAAAUUUCACUUUUUUAAUAACAUAUGCCCAGAGUGAGGGUAUAGGAAAGUAUUAUCAGGAAGCAGUGGCUAGGAAAAGACUCACAAAAUUCUCCCUUAACACAAGAAACAAAAAAUAGGAAGAGCAGAGUCAGAGAAUGCGGAGGCCCAGCAUCCCACUAGAACUUAUCUCUCUUACCAUGUUGUAAUAU